UCACUGCGCAUGCUCAAACUAUGUUAAUCGAAAACCUUGUGUCAUGUCACUUAGCAAGCUUUAUAUUUCAACAAGAAAAAUACUGCUGACAUAAGGCUGUUCUCUGUUACACUCCACCUAGCGCUGAAAACAGUACAGUUUUUUGACAGCCUACCAAGUUAUCAGUUCUAAUUUUAAUUUGAUAUUAUUAAUUGUAAUCUUCCAACAAGGCCGCAAUGGGAUAUAAUAUUUCGGAUGGUGAUAUACCACACCACCAUGAAGAUGAACUCGGAGAUGAUGAAGGUAUAGUGGUAGCAAAAAUCGUUGCCAUGAUUGUCUUAAGCGUGGCAACAUUCAUGUUAGGUCUGCUUCCAACGAAAUUGGCCGUAUGGUUCAGAUGGAACAGGGUAACGAAUGACAGUCGGUCUAAACCAGUCUUAUCGCUCUUGCUUUGUUUUGGGGGAGGUGCUUUGUUAUGCACAACUUUUCUCCACAUGUUACCGGAGCUGAGUGAAGUCCUGACGGAACUUCAGGAAGAAGGACAAAUUGCAGUAACGAGUUUUCACCUCGCAGAACUAAUAAUGUGUUGUGGCUUUUUCACGAUGUACCUAGUAGAAGAGUUAGUUCAUCUUUACUUACACUGGCGCGAAGACUCUAAAGGAAUUUCAAAAGUAGACGACGUUAUCCACAGGACUUUCAGUAUCAGAAAAUGUUCUGGAAAUAAAGAAGGAGUUAAAAAUGAUUUAGAAGACAGUAGAGGAGGAUCUGAGGAUACUUCAUCGUUAAAGACGCUGACAAUAUCAACAUUACAAGAGACUGGAAAGAAAGAUAAAGAUUUUGAAAUUGUUACAUCGGAGCCCAAAACGAUUACAACACAUCACAACAAAGAUGAUCCUAUCGUUACUUCAGCUCGAGGUCUUCUUGUUGUCUUAGCAUUGUCUGUGCACGAACUUUUUGAAGGCUUGGCAGUGGGAUUACAGACAACCACAAGCUACGUGUGGUACAUGUUGGGUGCUGUUUCAGCUCACAAACUAGUCAUUGCAUUCUGUGUGGGUAUCGAACUAGUGAGCUCCAGGACAAAAUUCAUUCUUACUCUGGCAUACAUAUCAACAUUUGCACUUGUUUCGCCUAUCGGCAUUGGGAUUGGUAUAGGGCUGAGCGGAAGUACUGAAGAUGGACAUCACAGUAUUUUAAAUGCGAUUCUUCAGGGGAUGGCUUCAGGAACACUGCUGUACGUGGUUUUCUUCGAGAUACUUCAGAGAGAGCGGGACAACAAGGUGUCUGGCCUCAAACAGUUGUUAGCCAUCGUAGUUGGGUUUUGCAUCAUGUUCGGAUUGCUCAUAGCAGCUGGCCAUAACCAUGAACAUGAUCAUGAUCAUGAAUCCGAACACACGGAGAAUAUGGAGGCAAUCAUAAGAAAUAUUACGUAUCACCAGGAACAUCACCAUCACCACCAUUAGCAAGACACGCGACAUGGAUCUACACAGAUGAAACUGCCGUCUGGGGGGUCCCGUUGAGAAAGUUUAUUGCGUAACAAAACAACGCAAUACGUAAGGACACGUUCCUAUUGUAACAAUAAAUGUGAGUGCGUUUCUGUUACAAAAAUAACUAAAAUAAGGAUGCAGAAUAUAUCUAAAUUUUACUGUUAAUAUUCCGAAGGAAGAAACUAAUGACUUAGCCUAUCUCAUAUUAAAUUUAAAAAAACACAUUCUACUUGUUACAGCCAUUGGUAAUAUUCUGUACAACAUGGUAAAAACAUGCCAACAAGGUUUUACAAAGAGACGUUAUGUGUGUGCAGUACAUAUUUUUGAUGAAGGACUGUAUCUAUAACAUAUGAAAAUCACGUCGGAGUGUAACAUAAGAUCCGCACUGCUUCCAAAUUUAGACAAAAGAAAUUGGUUCUGGAAGAAUAUCGCACAGUUUAAAAUGACAUGAAUCCCAAAUGGUUAUCUCAGAUUAGCAGGAAUACUUUACUUGUACUAAUGUGUUUCAACACCAACUUUAUUUUCUAGACUCCUUGUGUGAGAUUACAAAAUAAACUAUAGUCCGUAAGUGUAUUUAAUACUUUGUACAGAAAUCUUUCAUUCAGUGUUUAAUAGCGCUUUGUGACUUUGUAUUUGUUUACAACAAACAAAUAAGUAAAAGUGAAAUACAGUCUUAUUUAUAUUUGGAUAAAUUUCCUCAAUUCUUUAUAACAGUUUUCCUCGGACUUUUAAAUAGUUGUACGGAUAAUAAAGUGAAUGUUUAUCUUUU